AACAAAUGAGCACUUCGAUCAGCGCGAUCGGUCAAGUAGGAGUCAGGACAGUGUCAUGGCGCGGCAACGAUGACCGAGAGUGUGUUCCUCAUCGACGAAUCUACCACGAAGGCCAGUAUGUGGGGAGGAUUUCGCUGCAAUAGGACUUUCGCGAUACUCUUCCUGAUAAAUGUGAUCGUCUUCCAGUGUAUCAUAUAUUACCAAGAGCAGAAGAAAUGGCAGGAGGUGAGGUCCAAGCUGGACCCGGUGAUAGCGGAUCUGCGAGACGUGCAGGGGCUGACAUACAGCUUGCUGAAGAAGCUCGAGGCGCAUGGCCUCUUCGUAGAAAACGCCCGCGUCCAGAACGAUGAUAGCCGGCCCAUGAUCUACGCGAUCACGCCUACGUUUGCCAGGCCCGUGCAGAAGGCCGAGCUUACCCGACUGGCGCAGACAUUCCUUCACGUGUCGAACUUCCAUUGGAUCGUCGUCGAGGAUGCGCCGCAAAAGACGGCCCUGGUCACCCGGUUCCUGGAGACCAGUGGCUUGAUCUACACUCACCUGUCUGUAGCGACUCCGCCGAACUAUAAGCUCGGUAGGAACGACCCGAAUUGGAAGAAGCCGCGCGGGGUCGAGCAACGAAACGCGGCGCUCAAGUGGCUCAGGGAUAAUGUUAAGUCAUCCGACAAAGGCGUCGUCUACUUCGCCGACGACGACAAUACUUACUCCGUCAAACUUUUCCAUGAGAUGGAGAAAAUACAAAGAGUCGGUGUUUGGCCAGUUGGCUUAGUAGGCGGUCUAAUGGUAGAGAAGCCUAUUUGUGACAACGUCACUAAUAAAGUGAUCGGUUUCAACGCGGCGUGGAAACCGGACCGACCAUUUCCGCUAGACAUGGCAGGCUUUGCCAUUAAUAUUGAGCUGUUGCUUAAACACAAAGACGCCUGGUUCUCCUACGACGUGCAAGGCGGCUAUCAGGAGAGCGAGAUACUUAGGCAAAUAGUCACGAAGGAUCAAUUGGAACCACUGGCGGACUGUUGUACGAAGGUGUACGUGUGGCAUACGCGGACGGAACCGCCGAUAUUGAAUGUCGAACAGAUGUUGAUCAGGAAAGGUAAGCGUUCCAAUGCCGGCAUCGAAGUAUGAAGAAAGAAGAUUGUUCGCAUUCUACGUAACACUGCUGCGUUUUCUCAAUUCCUUGGGAAUCAGUGAUUUAAUAGAUAUUAUUCUUAAGCAUUCAUUGACAUCGACAUUUUUUUAAGAAUCGAAAAGAAAACGCUUUUUUCAUCAGGUUCUGUAGACGUAUACAUAACAUAUAGAAUAAGUGCCAUCCAAUUGUAUAGCCACUUGUAGUUGCAGAGCAAAAAAAUGUUAACGAAUAAUUCUAACGAAUUAUUAUUCGAAUUGUGCGAUAUCGCAAUGUGCUUUUGGUAUUGGAUUGCCAAUCCGCAUAUCACUGCUCCAGCUCGGGACAAGUUAACGACUUCUACCUUUUGCUAUUUCUCAUAAGCAGCAUUUUCAGAGCAAUUUUGUUACAUCGCGUUCACAUCGUUUUAUAAAAAUGAAAAGAAAUAUAUGCGACUAUUGUAAUAAAAUUUUUAAGAAAAA